UUUCAAAUUUUUGUUUUUCCAUCUAGGCUAAAAUUUAUGUUAUAUUUUAAGCUUUACGUUAAUUGGUAAAAUGUUUUGUUUAAAACUGGUUUGUUUCCAUCUUAACUUUACCAACACGCCUCCAUUCUCAGGACUGAGCAUUAGCUCCUACAGCUGCAAUGGAACAUCAUUUUACGUGGGCUGGGAGUCAGACCCAGGUGUCCGGCAUGGUGGGAAAAUUCUACCACUGUACCAGAAAUGCGCCCAUAACAAGCCCAAGGCUGUGCAUUUCCAAGCAGGUCUUCUUUCAGACCUGACAUUCAUUAAAUAAAUGGCCAGAAAGGACCUGUAAUAAACCAGCAACCUCAGGAAAACAUUUACCACCUGCUUCAGCCGGCUGUGUGAUGUUCUCGAGCUCCUUGCUUAAGAUUGGCACAGGCAGUGCAGUUUUCCUAUGCUUUAUGAGUGUAGCUUGUCAAAAAAUGUAUAUGUUGAAUGUGACGCAAGCUGCUUUAAAAAACACCAUGUAAACACAUGUAUUGCUUUUUUGCAUAAAAGUUAGUAGUCAGACUGUGUGCUGUACAUCUAAGAAGUUUUUGAGUUAAUGAAGGCUAUGCCUUCAGCUGGCUUGUGUUUUUAUAUCCACUUUGACAUGCAUAACAGUGAACUCAAGUGAUUGAACUCUUCGGGACAUUUGUGGACCACUCAUUCUUCAAAGCAAUCUAAAGGCGACCGUCGUAGGAGCAGCCACGCAGCAGGAUUGUGACGCAUCAUUUCUGACACUGUCAGAACUUCGUUGGAGGCUAAGAUCCAUCACAAGGGCAAUUAAUUGUUCGCCGGUUAACGAGUUGCGCUGACGUUCAUGCGCUUUGGAUCGUAAAAAUUAUUCUCAUUUUCGUACAGCUGUGUUCAUUAUUAGCAGCCUGCUGUUUCUGGGACAACUAGAUCAUACCCCGCAAGACAAAAAAUGAUCAUCAGCUCUCGUACGAGUUAGUGUUUAUUUAAUGAAAUGAGACAAUUAUGAACAUGCCCGUAGAGUGUUCUCGUAAUCCGAGCGAGCUACGGAAGAAUUACUAUGUGUUUACUGCACAUAAAUAAACAAUGACAUAAUUACAUAACGAUGCCAGGAAGAUGCGUCGAGGGCGGUUUUGAAAGACAGAGAAAGAGGGAAGCGGAAAAAUCCUUUUGCUUGCACUCAGCAGGUGUCUCUUUCGAUUAACUGACGCUUAGAAUGCAUCCUGUCAUAUUUACUUGACCAUCAUGCAGACAGAGAAAACAGACUAUCUCUUCCGUGUCUUCCCGCUCCUCUCGCGCUUUAUCUAACCACCACUUCUAAACCCUGCCAUCGAGUCUUGCUGUUCAACAAGUGGAAAAUCAAAUCAUAUUUCAAAAGACUGCACAAUAAAACACACUUAAAGGACUUGGCGUUGUGGUUUCCCCAAAUACCCUUCUUUCUCUCUGAUUCUCUCUCACUCUCCCACUGUUUCUUCAUUUGCAGAAAGCCUCCUCCCACUUGUCCUUUUUGAGUCAUACAAAGAAACCCACUAGAAGGGCAUUCUCUCUCUGUCUCUCUCAAUGCUACUUCCUUCCUCAUCGCCCAAACACUUCUCUCCACUCACCUGCUGAAACCCUGAAUGCACGCUCUCUCUUUUUCAAGCAAGAAAGACUCACACACUCACACACCCACACUCCUCUGAGAUCCCUGGUGGUUCUCAUUCCCCCUCUCAUCUCCGUGAGCACCUGACGUUGAGGGAGCUUGUUCCCUCUCACUUCCAGAGGUCAAUAUUCCGGCUUACGGCGAGAGCUCCGCGCUGGCGGCCCAGCCGCUUUCACGCUUCAGCCUGGGACGGAAGACCCUGCUGGGGGCCGGCACGGCCGUCAUGCUGCUCUUGGUGCUGGUGGUCCUCAUUCCUGUUCUGGUUCAUCUGGCGGGCAGCAGUGAAAACGGAGGUCAGUAUGAGAUGCUAGGCACUUGCCGAAUGGUCUGCGAUCCGUUCUUGGAAAAAACCGGCACAACGGCCGGUAUCGGUACGGGCACGGCUAUCACUAAUACGCAGUUGGAAGCCGAGGCGCUGACUGAUCAUAGCAUGGGACCCCCAUUGCCCACUUACGCCCACGGACCACAGGGCAAACCCGGCCGGCAAGGAAAACCAGGGCUACCAGGACCGCCGGGUCCUCCAGGACCCCCGGGACCACCUGGAGAGCCAGGUCCUCCAGGACCAAUGGGGCCACCAGGAAAUAAAAACCACACAGAUCGACCGGACACUUUUGCUCUGGGUGGGAGAACAGCUACCGGAAUGGGGACAGCCGUAUAUACCAUGGGACCCCGCGUGGCCUUUUACGCAGGUCUGCGAAACCCGCAAGAGGGCUACGAGGUUCUGAGGUUUGACGACAUAGUUACAAACAUUGGGAAUAACUACGAUGGAGCGACUGGGAAAUUUGUGUGCAAGGUUCCGGGGACGUACUUCUUCACGUACAAUGUCCUCAUGAGAGGAGGAGAUGGAACCAGCAUGUGGGCAGAUCUCCUGAAAAACGGACAGGUGAGAGCCAGCGCCAUCGCUCAGGAUCAGGAUCAGAGCUACGACUACGCCUCGAACACCGUCAUCCUGCACCUCGACCCCGGAGACGAGAUCUUCAUCAAGCUGGACGGCGGGAAAGCGCACGGCGGCAACAGCAACAAGUACAGCACUUUCGCUGGCUUCAUUCUGUACAGUGACUAGAGGUCGAAAGGUCAUCGGGUUCGGACAUUAGGGGCUCUUAACUGAUUUCAUCUGAUAAAUCUGAUGUUUAUAACCCCUCUGAUGCGUUUAGGUCAGGAAAGAUUUCAUUUUUUUGUUUUACCUCUACCGUUUCGUUUGCCACGGGGGAUUUUCACCUGAAAUUCAACAGCUAUACACUCACGAGUGAGUCACAAAACACAAGAUAAUUUGUUUAAAGGGUCAACUGAUUCAUUAUGCCCCCCUCCCCCCCGAAGGGAAUGGACCUGUAUGUUUUGCUGUAGUGAACACUCGCUUUUUAAAGCCUGGAUCCAUCGAGAAGGCGACGGGAAGUGGUUUUAGAUUCGCCCGGUCCGCCCUGAAACCUUCGACGGACACGCAGGAGAUCGACGCGACUGAUCGAAGCCGCGAUCGAUCGAAAGCCCGGUCAAGCGAGAGUUGAUAUUUCAUUCUGUUGUCGUCUUCGUACGUAUGAUCAAUCUGUGAAUCUGCGCUGCCGUUUAUCGAUGUCUUCGACGCAAUGUGAAGUGGAUGACCCUAAAUGACGCCCUAAGAUCUUAAUGAGUGUAUGCACCUGGUUUUGACUGCUGUAAAUUGCACCUCGUCCCCGAGAGUCUGUUGUAAAUCAUAGUAGUGCAUCUGUUUGUGAUUGCCGUGUGGAUGUGGAAGUGCUAACACAAAUAAAGCUAAGCGUUCGUUUGAUCUUCAAGCUGAGGCUGAACCCUUUCGUUGUCGUUCCUAUCCAUAAAUGAUGAAGUAUGUGGCAAUAUGAGCAUCACGAGUAAGUCUUAGCCCGAUAAAACUACUAGCGUUACUAUUAGUGAAUGGAGAUCUAUUAAACAUUGUAACUCUUAACCAGUGAUGCUGGUUUAUGAUGACGAUGACCACUAUCUAAAAUGAUGUCCUGUAUAUAUGGCGACGGUUAUGACCUGUAAAAUGUAUCUAAAUAUCUCAGUGUAUCGGCUUAUAGAUUUUUGCUUUUGCUAAUAAAUGGGAUUUUUCUAA